AUGUCGAGCUCUGUCUCUGCUUUUGACGAGUCCCCUUCCGAAUCCUCUGAAUUCCCUCCAGUGGAUGAAAACAAGAGAUUUCGCGCACCUAGCGGUCCCCUUCCGAACAAGCACGUGCCCAACGCAAACGAGUAUUAUCCAUUGAGCGAGCCCGCUCCAGGCACAGCCCUACCAGCGGAAGAGUAUCCGGAAAACAAGAAUCUGCCAAAACUGUUUCAACCGCUGACCAUCAGAGGUGUCACGUUUAAGAACCGACUCUGGGUGGCACCUAUGUGUCAGUUCAGUUCCGUCGACGGUCUUAUGACUGAUUGGCAUCUUGUUCACCUCGGAAGUUUCGCCACACACGGUGCCGGAUCGAUAUGCGUCGAGGCCACAGCCGUAGUUCCAGAAGGUCGCAUCAGUCCAGAAGAUAAUGGUAUUUGGUCGGACAAACACAUUCCCCAGCUGAAACGCGUCGUCGACUUCGUCCACGCCCAAGGGACGACCAUUGGGAUUCAGCUGGCCCACGCGGGACGUAAAGCUAAUCUACGCGGACACGAUAGGAUGCCUGAGGACUCCGUUGCGACUCCCGAGGAAGGUGGAUGGCCCGACGAAGUCGUUGCUCCUUCCGCCAUUCCAUUCAAAGCUGUAUACCCCAAACCCAAGGCCCUGACUGAAACAAAGAUCAAUGAUAUCGAAGAAGCUUUCGUCGCAGCCGCUCGUCGCGCAAAGCAGGCCGGUUUUGACUUUGUUGAGAUCCACGGAGCUCACGGAUACCUCAUCCAUGAAUUCCUUUCCCCUCUUUCCAACACCCGCACCGACAAGUACGGCGGUUCUUUCGAAAACCGCAUUCGAAUCGCUCUCAACGUUGCCAAACGUGUCCGCGCCGAGGUUGGCGAGUCUUACCCCAUUUUCUACCGCAUCUCUGGGAAUGAUUGGGCGGAGGGCCCUGAGAAGGAUGAAUCCUCUGGAGAAUGGAAGCAAUGGGGCGUCGAUCAGAGUUCCCAACUUGUGAGGCUGUUAAAGGAUGAAUCUGGUGUGGAUCUCGUAGACGUCAGCUCUGGCGGUUUGUGGGCACGGCAGAAAAUCCCGGUUGGACCAGGCUAUCAAGUUCCACUGGCAGAGUCUAUCAAGAAGCAUAACCCGGAUGUGCUGAUCGGUUCGGUUGGGCUGAUCACUGAUGGGAAGCAAGCUGAGGAGAUCCUGCAGAAGGGCCAGGCAGAUGUAAUUCGAGUUGCUCGUGAAUUUUUGCGCAACCCGGACUUUGCGUUGAAAUCUGCGAUGCAGCUUGGAGUUGCUGCCAAGCCGGUGAACCAGUAUGAGCGCGCUUGGACCAGGAUGCUCCAACGCAAAAGACCUUAG